AUGCCACACAUCCAGCAGUACAGUAUUGCUGCCCCUCAGAAUGCUUUGCUCCCUUUACCAAUGAGCCUUGAGAUCCCAGCAACUCAUUUGCUCCGGAAGCAUUCAGACGCUGGUUAUGCAUUAGCCAUCAAUAACAGCAACUACAUCAUCAUCAUCACCACCACCACCACCACCACCACCAUCAUCAUCAUCAUCAUCAUCAUCAGUAACAUCAUCACCUGCAGCAUGCAAGCAAUGUGGUACUGCGAUCUAGUUUUAAGCAUCGUUGGAAGCAACGUCGCCGAGUAUAAGUACACCGCGGAAAGUGCUUAUAACAGCCAAUCCCACGCAGCUGACAAUGGCAAUCAGAUCGUCGCCCUAAUCAAUGUAGCGCCAGUCGAGGGCGAUGGAGAUGCUGCUCAAGCCUGCACUGACUCACUGUACAGCCUGCCUGCUCAAGCAAUGGGCCCAGACAUGGUGCACAGCCUUUCUGGCAUCGUUCAGCAGCGCGGCUUCAAAGGCCUCAUCAAAAUCAUCAGCCUUGAGAGUCCGACAUUCAGCCUUGCCGCGAUCUCCAGCACUAUCAAAGCCAUACCACACGCACCCAAGGGUUGGGCAAGCUUAACUAUGGAGUACGGACAGUCAUUAAUACAGAGCUUCGCAAAUCUUUUUCGAUUCAAUUGCUCAAAAUGGAAGUUUCCCAACCUAAUAUUACCAGUUGAGAUGCCAACAGAAAGCGAAAUCCAGAAUCAUCUCUGCCAACUGGUUCGCUCUCCUCCGACAGAGAAAAUCCCUUACUAUAUCGGAUCUCCGCUCACUACUCAUUUCGAUCACCUUCUCCACCCGGGCAAGCUUCGCAACUUAGACCAUAUGGAUAGCAUUACUUCGAUGUACUAG